UCUCGGACUACAUUUUAUUUUGCUCUUUUCUUAAGCAACGGUUCCAAAAGGGGCGAGUUCCUCCGUUUCCCCCUCCAUGAAUGCUCGUGCUACCUAUACGAGAGCAUAAACUAUAAACCGAGAAAUCCAGCACAUUCGUAUCCAACUCCAGCUCAAACUUUAUACUAUCUUCGAGCUUCAAGGUUAAAUGGAGGAUUCAGCAAAGAGAAGAGAAAGGCUGAAAGCAAUGCGUAUGCAAGCUGAUCAGGCUGAAGUUCCUAAUAAUUCUGAAAGUUCUGGGAUGCCUGGUUGCCUCUCCAAUCCAUUGAUUGAAACUGCAACUAUGGCGGUGCAGGAGUCAUGUGCUCCAAGGUUUGAUUUUUACACAGACCCAAUGUCAGCAUUUUCUGAUAGCAAGAAGAGCAACAAAGCUGGUAAUCAGAUCAGACCAGAUUGUUUCACUUCUCCAAGUAAUAGUGGUUCUCCUAUGGCACGGUUUUCACCAUCUCUUCCAGGACCAAGGAAUCCACCUCUUGCUCAUCAAAUUCAGAGUAGUUGGUCACCCAACCAGAUAAUGUAUCAACCUCAAGGUAUGGCCGGUCCUCAUCAAAGUCCAGUAGGAAUGGCCAGUCCUCAUCAAAAUCUAGUAGGAAUGGCCAGUCCUCGUCAAAGUUCAGUAGGAAUGGCCAGCCCUUUCUCUAUGCAUCCACAAGCUCCUGAAGCCUGGAAUGGAUCCACCGGCCCAACUAGUCAUAGCUUUUCAUCUAAUCCAUCUAGAGGGGGCCAUCUUCCAAGCCCUGGCUUUGGACCAAGAGGUAGCCCUUAUUCAAAUACUUGGCAAGGUGGCAGGGGUCACUGGGUCAGCCACAGUCCAAGCCCUGGUUCAGGAAGAGGCAUUCCUCACCCUACUUUGGGAAGCGGUGGGAGCCGCCAGUAUGGCAGCAGUAUGAGCCCUGGUUUCGGACAGAGUAGUGGACGAGGGCGGGGGGGUUCUCAUGCUCGUUUCUCGGCACCGGGCAGAGCACUUGGUCCUGAGCAGUUUUACAAUGAGUCCAUGUUGGAAGACCCAUGGAAGUUUUCAAAACCUGUUAUAUGGAAGAGCAUGUACGCUUCUGUGAAUUACUUGAACAGCCCUGAUUCCUCCAAUUCCUGGACUACAAAAUCUCAUAGCUCAAAGAAAGCAAGAGUUUCAGAAGCUUUGAACAAGUCAAGUCAUCAACCAAGCUUAGCAGAGUACUUGGCCGCCUCAUUUAAAGAAGCUGUUGAUGACGGAGCAAGUACAUGACACUUGCUUUGGCUUCCAUUAGUGCCGUUUGCUCCACUUAUGCCCUACUCUCAGGAUGGCUAACUAGAAAGAGUAGUAGUAGGAAGGCAGACAAGAUGUUUAUUAGAUCUCUGGACACUUGAAGCGCCAGAAGUUGUCCGUGUCUAAUCGCCAGUUCUCCCAACGACAAGUAUCAAAAGCUACUAAAGCUUUUAAUUUUAUGUAAAAUACCUGGAAAAGUUGACAAUGCAAUGAGCUUCUUUUUUGUACUCGA